AUGCCGAUUAGCAAUCUACUCACCGCCAGCCUGCCCUCUCUGGUGGGAGAUCUACAGUUAACUCAUGUACAGCAGGAAAUACAGCGCCGCCAUGUCGCUGCACUAGCGGCAUGGAAGGAGGAGGACUACACCACCCAUUGGAAGCAGUUUGCCAGUAAAUAUGAUACGAUACUGCAACUAGGUCGCAAGACCCCAGCGGCUGAUGUCAACGAGAGAAGGAGGCAGAAAAGCAGCAUGAUGAGGACGACGUGCCAAGAUGUGAGGAAAGUGGCCGAGAGGUUCAACUAUGACAUGGGUGCCUUGGUGGGUCGUCUUAUUCUCUUGUUUGGCUACGACCUCGACGAAGAUCUCGGCCGAUUUCCCAAUCAGCCGGCGACAUCUACGGUCUUGCAAACUCUCCCGGCACUCUCAGAACCCUCCUCCUCAUCCUCUGCUGCCACCCCAUCCCUCGCCAGCGCCGCUUCAUCAUCCCAGGCCAAAUGGUUUGAGCGCCUGGAUAAGCGUCUCGCUGCCAUUGAUCGGAGCUCCAAGGAGUUAUUGGAGCUUAGAAAGGACUUAGUGGCCGCCCAAACCAGGACGGCUGAUGCUUUGACGUUGCUUGCUGGCAGCGUAAUGCGCAUAGAGGAUAUGCUGGUGAGGAUUUCUGAAGGUAUCCGAGCGGGAAAAAAAGUGUGCGUGGAUGAUGGGUGA